GGGUUUUCACGGAGCUGAUGCAGCAGAUGCAAGUGAAGGGCGUGCAGGUGGAGGAGCUCUACAGCCUGGAUCUGGACGCCCUCAAGCAGCUCAGCCCCGUGUACGGGCUCAUAUUCCUCUUCAAGUGGCGUCCAGGCGAGCUGGACACGCGCCCCACCGUGCCCGACUCCGCUGCUCCAGACGUUUUCUUUGCCAGCCAG